CAGCAGUAGAACACCAACACCAACAGGCGCGCACUUCGCCUCUCCACAUUCCUUCCCCCUUUAAUUGCUAGCAUUGUUGGGCAUGGGAAAGGCUUCUGUCGGCGGAUACCGGGCUUUGUCGCGCUCUUAGUUUGACUGCAUCGCGCGCGUGAACAAGCGCCACAACUCUUCAACCUCACUCAACAGGAACAAAGCUCAUCUCGCGUGCACUGCGCGAUCAACCGCCAUCAUGAGUGCGCAAACAAUACAGCAGUUGGAGUCAGCCCGGUCACUCGCGUUGGGCGACGGUAGAUACUAUCCUACCAUUAUACCGGGCGUGCUUCCUAUCAUCGGUUACAGUGCAGACCAAACUAUUGAGAUUCAGCGAUGGGGUGCCGAUUUCCUAGCUGAGGCUUUUGCGUCCCCAACAUGGCCUCCAGAGGCGAAGGAGAACAGCGCUUCGUCGGUGCUAGCUACACUAAAGGCCUACUUGGAGAAUGUCCCGGACAAAAGCGUCAUCAAGAGCGCUGUCCAGGCGGCUGCAAGCGUGUAUCCGCUCGUUUACAGACACAUUGUAUCCGACCCCAGCGAUGCUCAGCAUUGGCAGCUCAUGUCCGCCAUCAAAUCGAACAUCUUGCGACGAAUGGAUACAGCCACCCCCGGCGUGCGAAUAUGCUGCAUCAAGUUCCUCCAGCAGGUAGUUCUGGUUCAGACGCCAGGCGUGCUAGACCCUCGGCGACCUGACCACAACGAUAUAUCCCUCGCCCUUGUCUCGCGCGACCACCCCCUUAUACCGUAUGCGAGUCUGGAGGCAGAAGGACACGGACUGCUAGAUCGGUUAUUGGAUAUCAUACAUGGAGAUCACAGUGAUGGGCUGCUCGUAACAGGCACGCUCAACAGCUUGGGCAUGCUGAUUCACCGCCGCCCUGUUGCCGCGAACAAGAUACUGAACAGUGUUCUCAACUUCAAUCCUCUAAAGCUCGCAAACUCGCCUAUGUCGCCGAAGAACAAGGUCAUCAUGAAGUCGAUAGAACGCACAACACGGGCGUUACUCAUGAACAUAAUGAAGAGGAAUCCCGAGAACCCAGUCAAUGGCCGGAUACAGCAAUUCCUCGAGCGCAUGCAUCGCAUGCGCAUCGAUGUCUUCGAUGAAUCUAAUCGUAAAAGACCAGCACCCAGUGAGCCAAUUGAUGGGCUCGAUCCAGCUAAGAGACAGCGACUAGGUGCUGAAGCUCCAAGUCGCACACCUCCAGUUGCUGCACCUCCGCUUCCUCCAGGUCCAGUGAGCUGGCGCCAAUUGUACACUCUGAACCCAGAAGGCAGCACAGUGAACUUUGAUGUGCAAGCUUUCAAAGACCCCGAGCAAUUGCUAAGGAUCCUUGUGCCCGUUCUACAAUCUGUCGACGGAACGAAGCUCGAUCAGGCUAUCAGUAUCGUUCGCUCUCGUUAUGCAACUUUCAUGCACUCCGGACCCAGAACCACCGCGGCGCAACAUGCGGCAGUUCCCGUCGCAGAGGACGAGGAAGAAUACGAACCCGAUUUCGAACCCGAAGAUGCUGAGCAACUAAUUAACAAACUUGAUGGUCUACCCCCUACUGACUUUCCUGCUCAAACGGCACCAACUACUGCCUUAGCACCGUACAAGCUUCCUGAAGCACCUCAAUUAUCCGAACAGGAGGCUCAGAAAUAUGGGGACAUGACCAUUCAUCGAGCCUUUGGUAUGUUAAGUAGUGUUGAAGAGAGCCAUAAGAGCAAGGUUACAAAAGGCGGAUUCAACAGGCUCGCCGCGACCGACUAUAGUAGAGAUGCUUGGGUCACUAUUCUAUCAAGGCUGGCUACGAGGGCAAGCGCUGGCCUUGAUGAUCCUGAACAGGGCGUCAAAGAUGAGUAUGCUGUCAAGAGCGCAAAAGGAAGCUUGAAGAUUAGUGACGCUGUAAGAGACGGACUGUAUCAGUACAUAAUGUACGACUGGAAGAAACGAAUCGACGUUGCGAUAUCUUGGCUUAACGAGGAGUGGUACAACGACAUCAUACUCGCUCAAUCUGCUAAAGAUUCUACCAAGAACGGCGCUGCCAACGGACACACAUCAUCGACCCCCGGCGAGCCAAAGGGAAACUAUCACCGUUGCGCACUCCGCCUCAUGGACGGCAUAUUGCCCUACGUCGAGCACACAGACAAAAUCUUACUCCGCCUUCUGUCCGAGGUUCCAGCACUAGACCACGAGAUUCUCAUCCGGUUGAAGAAGAUGGCCGAGGACCCGGAACGCAUUGACCUCGCAUGCAGUGCGCUGCAAUAUCUAUACAUGUUCCGCCCGCCCCUCAGAACUAUCGUAGUGGACGUACUAGCGGAGAUGUGGAAAGAAAAUGACCGUGCAAAACAGAGCGCGCGGAAAUUGCUAGUUAGGUGGCGACCUGAGGUACUUGGUGAAGAGACGUCUAGUACGCCAACCAUGAAGACUGAGGAGGGCCAGCCAGCGAAGGAGAGUGCGAAUGGGGCGCUGGAGGUUAAAGCUGUUUCGUGAGCGGCAAGAUGCAGGGAAUGCGAGGCACAGAGAUCCCAUUCCGUUUCUGAAUCCGUUUUGGACAUAUGUAUACCUAGCAAAUCGCGCUCAGACACGCGUAUUAACUGUAUUAUGGCAUGGGCAACUGGGCAACAUGCGCACACGUUCCAUUAGAGUUCUGGUCAUUAAUAUAGUUGCAUCCUAGUGCAGGAUCGCGUUUCAAAUGGACCUACAUACGAUCCAAUUAAGUUGGAAGAUUUGAC